ACGGUAAGUGUGGGUGUGAGCACAAAAUGGAUUUGUUAACUGCAAUCAUUUUAGCAGUAAUAGGGCUAGUAACAUCCGUUUAUCUUUAUUUCAAAAAGAAAUUUUCAUAUUGGAGGGAACGCGGGGUAGUGCAUAUUAAACCCUCAUUCCCAUUCGGCAAUCUAUCUUUAAAGCAACAUUUCACGGAAUUUACGGUUGAUAUCUAUAAACGCAAAGGUGAAGCCUCUUUCGUUGGUAUAUACUUCUUGACAAAGCCGAUCGUAGUACCCGUCGGACUAGAUCUCAUUCAGAAUAUUUUAGUGAAAGAUUUUAGUAGCUUUCAUGCUCGUGGAAUGUAUGUGAAUGAAGUAGAUGAUCCUCUCUCUGCUCACAUGUUUAGUUUGGAUGGUGAAAGAUGGAAAUUCAUACGGACUAAAUUAUCCCCCACUUUCACCUCCGGCAAAAUGAAAUAUAUGUUUCCAACGAUUGUGGCAGUUGCGGAGAGAUUUGUGGCAACUUUGGACGAUAUUGUUGACAGAGAAUCCGAGUUGGAAAUGAACGAUUUUCUCGGACGAUUUACAACUGAUGUCAUUGGAUCCUGUGCGUUCGGCAUUGAAUGCAACAGCAUGAAUAACCCGAAUUCUGCGUUUCGUCAAUACGGAAAGAAAUUUUUGGAUGAGCCUUCUCUGGCCCUUAUCAGGAAUAUACUGAUAACUCUCUCCCCCGAUUUGGCACGAAAGUUGCACAUUAGAGCAUUACGAAAAGAUGUUACCGAUUUCUUUUUGGAUACAGUGCGCAAAACCGUUGCAUAUCGAAAAGAAAAUGACAUUCAACGCAAUGAUUUCAUGGAUUUACUUAUUCAAAUGAAUACAGAUACAAAUGAAGAUGGAAAGCUAACCUUAGAACAGAUAGCAGCACAGGCUUCCUUGUUUUUCUUCGCCGGUUUCGAAACUUCUUCUAGUGUCAUGACAUUUUGUUUAUAUGAAUUAGCUUUGAAUCAGAAUAUUCAGGAAAAAGUAAGGCAAGAAAUCACACAGAUUAUGGCGAGCCAUAACGGCGAACUUACCUAUGAAGGAAUGCAGCAAAUGACUUAUCUUGAGAUGACAAUAAAUGAAACUCUUCGCAAAUAUCCUUCAGUUCCAUUUUUAAUGAGGAGCACCGUCCGUGAUUAUUCAGUACCAGAUACGAACAUGGUGAUCGAAAAAGGAACAUUGCUCUUCGUUCCAGUUCACAGCAUACAUCAUGACCCUGAAAUAUAUCCAAACCCUGAGCUAUUCGAUCCAGAACGUAUGUCUCCUGAACAGAUUAAAGGUCGCCAUCCCAUGUCCUUUUUAGCCUUUGGAGAUGGUCCGAGAAAUUGUAUAGGAAUGCGUUUUGGAAAAAUGCAAACUAAAAUCGGUUUGAUAGCUUUAUUGAAAAAUUAUCAUUUUGCAACAUGUUCAAAAACACCAAAUCGAAUAAUUUUCGAUCCCAAGAAGGGGAUACUAACAUCAAAAGAUGGUAUGGUUCUGGAUGUUACAAAAAUAUGAGCAGAACCUAUUUGCAUUUUGGGUAAAUGGUAAAAAUCUUUAAGAUUUCUAAGUUCAUUAGAUAGUUUUUUGUUUUGUCUU